AUGGUCCUUUUGGCCACCAGUCAUGAGACCAAAAUGAAAUAUGCGGGAGACCUCCGCUCCAGUGGCGUCUGCUUCAGAGCCCAGGUGAAUUAUUUGGAGGUUUACGAAGGUUUCGAGGGAUAAAAAGUUGUUAGAUUUUAUAAACUUUAAGCAGAAAAAUCGCGGUCGCAUUUGGAAUGGCUCAAUUUGCAUGAGUGCUUUCUCUUUAAAAACGUUUUAGGUCGGCUGCAUCUCAAUAAAACCGUUGCGCGUCGAGCCAUUCCAACUUUGACCUAUUUUUUCAUUUUUUUAGUACUCAACUUUCCGUGAUCGACAGUUGCUAUUAAAACAAGCCAGUAAAAAUUGUUUUUUUAUUUCUCUUCUAAAAAGAAACCUCAGAAUUCUCAAAUAAACUGAAUUUUUUUACCGAAACUUCUGGAAACUUAAAAAAUUAAGAAAAAAAAAUCGUCCUUUUCAAAUUUGGGUAUAAACCCAAAAUAAACCCAGUCUGAAGCGUUCUCUACGAAAACGAACAUCAUCACUAGAAAUUAGGGUUUUUCUUUCAUUAAUUAGUUGUUAUGAAACAUGGACAAUGGGUUAAACUUAAAAAUUGACUCGAAUUCUUCAAUUUCUUUAAACAGUAAAUCAAUCGUUGUUUUUUUUCAACUUAGUUAAAGAUUUGAUAAAAAUCUAGGAAGUGGGUAAUUUAAUAAAGAACGGUCAUUAUUUUUCAUCACUGGAAGCCCCCUUCUCAACAUUUUUUGAUUUUUUCCGAAUUUUCUAUUUUCAUUGAUGUUAUCAUUUACAGUAUCUCGGCAGUGUUCCCAUCGAAACAUCGGUCAGCGAAAUGGUCCAACAACUAAGAACUCAAGUCGUCAUGUUAGUUCUCAAUACAAAAUUCAAAAUUACUUGAAGAAAUUGAACUGAAUGAAUUUUUUUUUUUUCGUUUCAUAUUGAAAAUGAGAUAAUUUCUAAAUUACAAUGAAUUUUCGAAAUGUUUUAGGGAGUGCAUCAAACUCGUCGCUCAUAAAUGCGGUUUAAUACCGGAAUUUUCGCUCAAUUCUGUGGUUGCUAUGGUGGGUUUAAUUUGAAAUAAUGAGAAAAAAAAAGUUUUCAAAGACAAUAAAAGUUGUUAAUCAUUUUUGAUUUUUAUGUUAAAAUGAUAAUUUUCCACUUGAUGAUCUUCUAAGCGACACCAAAGUGGUCCCUAGAGUGGCAACCUCUUGUUGGCCCCUCAAGGGACCACUUUACUUCUACUAUAGGGGGCACCAAAGCUGGCAAAAGUGGCCACUUUAGGGGAGCAUCUUAGCUGUCCCUUGACGUCUUUCAACUUUCAAGUCAGAACAAAAAAUUGUAUGAUCCUUGCAGGGACCAUUUAAACUUUAGGGGUUUGAUGGUCAACCCCUAAAGCCCUUCAAGGAUCACCAAAAUGUUCGUCUUCUAAAAAGCACUAUUUUGUCCCCAGGAACUUUUUCUCCUAUCCAAUGUAGUGAUCAAUCUGGUGUUCCUAUGUUUUUUUCAUCCCAGAAACCGAAUGAAAUCGAAAAAAUCGUUCUUUAUAGCCCAUUCCGCGCCAGCUUGUCACGUUUUUCUCUCCGCCAAAAAUACCGUAUACCAAAUUAGAUCAAAAUUAAGCAUCUUCGCUCCAAGACCUUUUUUGCUGUCUUUUAGAAGUUUUUUAGAGCAAAAGUUUGCAUUUACGGUAGUUUUUUUCUUUUUUGUUCUUUCUAAAACGUGACCGUCCCGCGCGGAAGCGCUUUACAUGGAAAUUUCCAACUUCUAACUCGGCUUUCAGAUGAUCGGAGAGCCGGAGAAAGAAAAUUACCCGAUUGAAGUGAAUGUCACUACAAGGAUGAUCAAAAUGAUAAAAGAUAAUUUCUUGUAUCGGCGCCAUCCGAUGAAGUUCUUCAGCUAUGCAGCUCAAGGCGAAAAGGUUGGUUUGAUAAAUGACUUUUCGAGAGUUCUUGCAAGGUUCUUUUUCGCUUCAAAAAACGGGUUUUCGAGACCUUUUCGAAAAAAAAAAUAAAACCAUUUUCAGAAGGAUUUGCGUUUUGAUCUCGAUUUGAUCUUUUGAUAUAUUGAAUUCUUGACUUCUCGAUCUUUUGGUUUUUUGAUUUCAUGUGACUUAUGCCCUAAUAAUUUUUUUUACUUUCAUUUCGAUUGAUAAACCAAUACAAGCACACCUCUUUUUAGCCCAAAUUGUAAAUUUUAUUUUUCAAAAGGUUUUUAGUUGAUAAUUGAUUGAAGAAGCAAGUAUUUUUUAAAAGGUAUUUUUCAAACCCUUUUUUUAGGAAACGGAGUUCAUGUUCGCCUACAUUGCCAAAAAUCAUCAGGAACUCGACCGGAGGUGUCACGUCAUGCAAUCAGAAGAUGUUAGUUGUUUUUGGAGGUUUUCAGUUGGGAAAAGCCUAAAAUGCCUGAGUCUAGAAAGCGAGGAAAUGCCUACUUAGGUAAAGUCGUAUGAGUCCAAAAAGGCUACAUAGAAAUAUUCCUUUUAGGGUGACAAUGGAUCCUUUUUGGCUGCCUUUUCGCACCAUUUCAUCGCCUUUUAUGCACCAGUUUUGCUCCUUCUCCCCUUUCCUACCAACUUUCGAUCCUUUGAAAGAACAAAUGGAAAGCUCGAUAAAAAAAAUUUUCGAGCCUUCCUCUUCUUUUCAAAGCUACUGGGAAAAUUCUUAGUGGCCACUCUAGAGGCUCGCUAAGUACUACUUGGAGAGGACACUAAAGUGGCCACUAAACCCACCUCUAUAGGGGCCACUAUUUUCCGUUUUAGUAGCCACUAUAGAGCAUCUCUAUUUAGCGGCCACUUCAGUAGUAUUUCAUCCAGUAUUCCUUCCAGUAGCUCUGAUAAUUUAAAACAAACAGAUUGGACCAGUUAUGUUGAUCCAUUGACCCCUCAUGUGGCCACUGAAAUUUUUAGUGGUCUGGUAGUAGCACUUAGACCUUCAUAGUGGCCACUAAUUUUAACCCCUUAAUUCGCCACUAGUUUGACUACUAUAGUGGCCACUAAAUUUUCCCAGUAAUUUUUACCAUUUUGUAUCCAAUUUUUCUUUUCCUUCAUCGAAUUUCUUGUUUUAUCCAAUACUUCAUCCAAGUUUUAGUACUCCCAUUUUUCAUCGAAAAAGUUUUUCCAAAGCUUAAAUAACCGAAAAUCCCUUUUUCAAAAACAAAAAAUGUAUGAGAGUUUUGUAGGCGGUGAGAGCGAUGAAAGUUCUGGCGGACGCGAUUUUGGUUGCCAACGGCGACGAUCCGCUGUCUUCGGACACGGUUUGUUGAUAAGCUUCACCAGGAGAAGUGUGGAAUUGUGACUUUUGAGGCACUUCCCCGAGAAUUGAAGGGCCUGACGUCCAAUGAAGACUCCAACUCGCAGACGUGGUCCCAUCCGCCGGCUCGAAUCGGAAUGGAAAGAUCUAGUGAAACCACUCCGAGACCCUCUCUCGCUGGGUAUUCCGGUCAGUGAGGGAAAGGGGAAAACUCUGAAAAUUGAUGGUAGUAAAUACUUUUGAUUGUUGAAAUAUCAAAAGAGUUUAGGAGCUUAUGCCGUGUUCAAUUUGAUAACGCGAAAUGCAAAAUACCCGUUAGAGAAAGGAGAAGAUCACUACAUUUUGGAGAGUCAGAGAUCAUUUUGCGUUUCGCGGAAUCAAAUUGAACACGGCAUUACUUCUGACGUUAUAUUUUGCCCCUAUUUUCGUUUUAAAUUCAUCACACAGACAUCCUAUAGGGGUAAAGGAAUUUUACCAAACGACUAUUUUGGCCUUCACUUCAUUAUUAAUUUCACUUCUUUACGAAAAUAUACAAAAAAUGAUCUGGAACCAAGACUUUUUGUUCAGAAGUUCCCCCGCCUUACGAUCCCUCGAUGGACAACCUCAUGGAACAGCCCUGGUACCACGGAGUGAUGUCACGCGAAGAAGCCCACAAGCUUCUCAAAAACGAAGGCGAAUUUCUAGUCAGGUAGAUGGGCGGCGGCGGAAAAGAAGGAGCUUCACGGUCGACUUUGCAGGCAGAGUAAUCGCUCGCCGGGCCAGUACAUCCUCAGCGGCUUGCGCGAACAGAAACAGCCCAAACAUCUGAUUCUACUCGACCAGAACAAGGUGGGUAGCGAAAAAAAGAGGAAAGGCGGAAAUGGAAGGUUUUUUUUGAAGAAGAAGAAGAAGGAAAUGGCUUCAUGUUUCUAAUGGAGAUGGUGUCAUUAGGUGAAACAAAAAAUAGGAAUCUAGCUUGAAAGUUUGAAUCGACUGGGCCAGAAUAAGGUAAGUGAAAAAUUAUGUAAAGAAUGAGAAGAGAUGUUGGUUUUUCCAAAAAAAAGGAAAAGAAAUAAAAUAAUUUCACUUUUCUAAUGGAUAUAGAGUUAUUAGGUGAGGGAAGAAAGAAAAAAAAAAGCAAAAGAAGAAAAAGAAAACAAGUUCAAGCCUUUGAUUCUACCCGACCUGAACAAGGUAAAAAAUGAAAAAAAAAAUAGAAAAGCCGGAAAGGGAAGAUUUUUUUCGAAAAAGGUAAUGGUUCCAUGUUUCUAAUGGAUAUGGACUCAUUAAGUGAGAAAACAUGGCAAAAAAAACCGAAAAAAAAGGAACCAGUUCUCAUUUUAUCUAAUGACCUGGGUAGAAUUAUUAGAGGCUAAGAAAAAAUUUCAGUUCUCAAUAUUUAAAAAAAAAGACAAAAAAAGUUGAAAUUAUCGAAAAAAAAUUUUAAAAAAAAGAGGUGAAUAUUCUUAAUAUUCGGCCCCCAAUAUUGGAGCAUUCACAGUUUACACUCACGAAAGUUCGCGGACUUGAAAUUCGGAAGCAAGAAUAAUUCCAAACAUAUAUUUUAAAUACACGGAAAAAAACAAAAAGGAUAAUUUCAGCAAGUGAGAACCCGUGAACGAAUCUUCCCAACGAUUGAAUCGCUCAUCGACUUCCACGUCAAAAAUCGAGUCGCCGUCGUUUCCGAAGGCAGCACACUUCACCUUCUUUAUCCCAUCGUCAGGAAAAGACCUCUAUUGAAUCUUCAGAAACAAGUCUUCAGUUGAAAAUUGUAUAUUUUUGCUUUUGAAAAAGUGACCUCGAAAGUAGAGUUGUUGAUUUGAUACUUGCACUAAAGCUGCGCCAGACCUUGAGCGGCUUUUGUAACUCUUUGCCCAAGGAUGCCACUGAGCGCAAGUAUUUGUCCUUGGCUACAUUGUUUUCUGAGAAUGAUUAAAAUUUGCCCAUUUUAUUCGAAAUCGUUCUUCGCAACUUGAAAUGAUUUCUCUGCGCCCUCCUCGUCUCUCGGUGACCCUCUCAUGUCGCCGUGCUAUUUUCAUGUUUCUCUGACCUCGCCUGUGAGAGAACAAAGAGACGCAGACAGGCAAGAAGCAUCAAGUCGCGGCGAAUGGGUUAUAGUAGAAUCAUUUUGAGUCAAUAUUUAUCCCAAUCAUCAAUCUCAAGAAGUGUGAGGAAAAUGUGUACAGUAACCCUUCUUUGUAAUUGUUUUUCAAGCCAUUGAUUGAAAAAGAUCUUUAAAGAUUUUUUUUCUGAUUUUACCAAGUUUUGUAGUCAAGUUCUGUGAUUGUGAGCCAUUAUCAUUUGUGAUUUUCAUUGAUUUCCAUUUUUUUGUUGAGAUAAUUAGCAUUCAAUUUCUUGUUGGUUUUAAUAAUUUUAACCAUGGUUUUUUGUUCGAAACUCGUAGUAUGAUUCCUGUGAUUUCUGGUUUUUCCAUUUGUGACCUAAACAUAUUUUGUUGAUUCCUCUUGUUCAUUUAUUUUAUACCCAGUUCAAAAAAUAUUUUUCAACCCUCCCUUUCAUAUCUCUCUGCCUCCUGGCCUUAUCUCAUAUUUUUCCUAAAAUCGGGAAGCGAAACUUUUUUCAAAGAAACAUAUUUGAAGCAUCUCUUUGUAUUUUUUUUUCCCGCCAUGACCAAUUUGUGAGCUCUUCUGUGAGUUUACUAAUAAAGUAUUUCAGAAAUAGGUUGAUUUCCUCGUUUUUUUAUAUUAUUUCAUGAAGAAGGACUGUAAGAAAAGGGUUUUCAGGAAGAAAAAUGCAGUUCAAAAAAAUUUUGAAAAUCACAAAGAUGAUUUUUUUUACAUGGUUUGGUUUUAAUUUAUAUUUUUUUCAUAAAAAGUUUCUAAAACUUUUUUUUCUCACUGUUUUCUUAUUGAAAAACCUAAACUUACUGUCCCGACUUUAUCUGACCAAUUUUUGAAUAUUUUUCGAAAGUCAGCAGUAAAACUUGCUAACGUGGUUCAUCAGUUUCUUCUGGCUAUUCCUUGACCUUCCAAGGAGCUUUACUCGUUUCUUACCUAACCAAACUAUCAAAUCUUUUACUAUUUACUACGGUACCAAUCCUUACCUUUUCAGCUUCUCCCUGACCACUCUGACCUAUGUUUCCAUGCCGGCAAACACGAGUCAAGGAAGGAUCCAGAGUGCGCCCAUUAUCCCGUCACUUAGAAUGUCUUGGAAUGAAAUGCAACCCGCUAAUGCCGUACUCCUCACGGGGGGAAGGUAAGCAACAGAAGAAAAAAAGAAUGGAAAGAAGACUCCGACUACGCAACCGGACCGCCUCAAUUGCGUCGUCCGACUCGGGGUUAUUAAGUGUACCAGAAGACGCCGCUCCGCCGACAAAACUUUGCUUCUUUUCCUUUCCUCCCCCAGUUGCCAUUCAAAUAUUGGGUAUCAACUUUUGCUUUUCCUUCUUUGUUGACCUUUUCUGCUUUUGUGAGUCUUAAUUCAUCUUUUAUUUAUUAUUUGCUUAAUCAAUCAACUUUCAAUUUUUUUCGAUUAAAAAUUUCACUGUUAACUCAUCUUGAUGUGGGUUUUUCUAAUCCAUCAGAUCAAAUCUGUGUUCAAAACUGUCAAAUAGCUCUUUGAAAAAAUCAGGAGCGUGAAAAUUUCAAAAAAUGUUUCAUUUUUAGGCUUUUUUUUCAGUGUCGGUUGAAAAAUUGGAUAACAACUUUUGAUUUUUCGAUUCGAUUAUACAUUUUUUGAGCCUUCUUUUGUGUGGACAGCCAAAGAUGCCUGUCAAAAAAAUUUGUCUCCAACUUUGAUAAUAUUAUUUCCUUUAGUCGGCUUUCUCCUACCCCCCUCCCUUCAAACUGCCACACGAAAAUGUAUCAGUUUUCGAUUUCAUUUUUAGUUGACCUUUUUGGAUCUGCAUCUCCUUUUUGGGAGUCUUACUAUAUCUUAUAUUUAUUAGUUGCUCUUAUAAUAUUCGCCCCCCAAAUGAGUAAAAUUUUUGAAUUUUGGAUCGAUUAAAAAAGUUUUGAGUCUUUCUUUAUCUAGAUUCGCUCUUUUCCCUAAGAAAAAAACAGCGUGGGGUUCAGAAUUUUGACGUUUUCAAAAAAUUUAUGAUGUUUGAAAUUUCCCUGGCCCAAUUUGGAAUGAUCCAAGUCUUAAAAUGAGAUCAACUUUUUUUUUUCUCGAGUUUUCUCCCCUUCUGAAUGAUAAUCCUGUUUUCUAUUAAACUACCUCAAAAAGAAUUAAGGUAAACGACCGUGAGACUCCUGAAUACUCUCAUCGGCAGCGCUGGCGAGAUGCUGGCACGGAGCCAGCUUCUCCUCCAGCUCCUACCGUACCUCGUCCUCGGGGCGCCGACGAUCAUCAACACGUCGAUCGCCUGCGACAAGGUUUCGUUUGGCCGAAUUGCCAAGGACGUCUUUUGUGACACACACGAGUUAAUUCCCACUUUUCCGCCUUUCUCGAGGCUCGGUUACGCACUUUUGGAGGUGAAUAGGUCGGCCGGGAGUUCGUUCCAGUUCCGUAGGAAAUUGGGCCUUUUUUGGAGAACGGAAUGGAUUUUUAUGAUGAAAACCAUCUGCCCUUUCACGGGAGUAAAAGAUGAAUGGUCCACUUGGUAUUUUCUUUGAACUUGAAAUGAAUUAUAUUUUUUUGAAGGAACUUUUAAAAGAGAAACCGUUUUUUUUAUUGAAGUGAGAGCAAAGCUUGAUGAACAAUAUAUUUUGAAAUUAAAUUUCUUAGUUUGAUUUGUGAUUUUCUUUGAGCUUUAAACUCGAAUCAAAUUGAUUUCAGAUUAAAUAGUGACUUUGACAACUCUUGUAAGCUUUGAGAUUCCUCCAUUUUCUCGGGUAGUUUGGUCUUUUUUGAAAGAGGUAAAGGAUUUGUAAAGUGAAGAUCAUUUCCCCUUCUACUAAAAUAAAAGAAAGAAUGGAUCCAUCCAAAAGUUUGACUUCAAAUUGUACUAACCAAUGGUUUGAAAUGUUAUUUUUUUUCAAUAUUUGAAUUUGACUAGUUUGAUUUUUUUGGCAAAUAACCAAUUCUGACUGAAGUUGGAAGAAGGAAAAAUGAGGCUCUGCUGAAAGUUAUUCACCAAGAGUUUGAAUCCUAAUUUUUCCCAGUUCCACAGAAAAUGGACCUUUUUAGAGAAGGAUUUUGAUUUUCAGGGUUCUAUUUACUCUUUUCCUCGAGAAAAUUAAGUAACUGGCCCAUCAAAAAUGGGACUUUUAAUAAUAAAACUAUUUGCAAAGGUAUUUUUUUGAGCUUUGAACUUCAAAUAAACUAGUUCUCAGAUCAAGUAACAAUUUAAAAAGUUGGCAUAUUUUUUUAUCGGCAAAAUAUUUAAUAGUCAAACCAGUGUACCGUUAUUAGGUGAUGAUUUUAGAAAAUAAAAAAGUUCCGUCUUGUGAAUAUUUUUUCUUAAUAGGAAAACAAGAUUCAUAUUUCAAGAGCAUUGAAUUUAUUGAAGAAAAAAUUAAUUUUUCCAGCAAGUGUUAGUUCAAAGUCACUACUUUUCGAUUCCGAUGUGCUUUUCGAAGUCGACAAUGUUUCAGACCGACUUCCUCCUGAAGAUCAAGUUCAACGAGACGUUCCACGGGAGCAUUUUCACCCAAAAAGGGGAUCCCAAUUGCGUUUACGUCAAUGGAACACUUCAACCCGAUGAAAAUUAUCAGAUCAAGGUUUUUUUUUUUUCGCGUUUUUAAUACUUGUGAUAGCACUGUGCUAGUGAUCAGAACUCAUUUCCCAUAUGUCUUUUGCAAGUUUUGCUUCUCAAAUCGCGAGAAAAAAAUUGAAAUCUUCAGAAAAAAACGGAAAUUUUUUUCAAUCAACAUUUCACUUGAUUUUAUGAAUCUCCACUUCAUAUUUUUUUGAAAAAAAAACUUUUUCAGAUUCCUCUGAAUGGAUGUGAAACUCACGAAAAUAAAGAAGGACAUCUUGAGAAUGAAAUCGUGGUCCAGCAGUCCAAUCAGUAUGUUUUUUUCUGAUCAAAAAAAAAAAAUGAAAGAAUUCAGUUUCGACGUGGCCACAGACAAGAAGUUUCUUCUCACUUGCAUUCCAGCCGCUCCUAUUUUCAGGUUACUUUUUUUAAUCCAGAAAUAAUGGAAAACAUAAAUUUUUUGCUUCUGGAACAGUCUGACCUGUCUGCGAUCUCUUUUCCCUCACUAUAGAAAUAUGAAAAUAGUGCGUGGUUUGGAGAGAGUUGCAGAGAAAUCAGGUUUUAGAAAAGCGAUGAUUUGUUUCAGAAAGAUAGCGAGCUGUAAUUUGAGUUUAUUUCCCUUCUCUUUUGGUCUUUCCCAUCUCAAAAACAGGCUAUCAUGAGCAAUGCUGAGGAAAAUGAAAACCGAGAAGGAUUCCAGAGAUUCGCAAGUGACCCUGUCGUUUGGCGGAAUCACCAUCGAUUCAGAAGCCACCACGGCGUCGACCUUGGAGAAUAAAGCCAAGGUAAUCAAUUAUUGAUUCCUUUUUACACACUUUUCUUGGCCAAAGAUGACGUUUUUUUGAAAAUUUCAAUCCUAUAAAUUUUUAAAACACCAAUCAAUCAAAUCUUUCAAUCAGAAUCGACUAAGCAGUGAACAAGAACUUUUGAACCAGACUUGUAGUUGAUCAAGUUGAAAUCAUGAUCUUAUGGUUGACCUUCUUGUCCUUGUGUCCGUAGUUGAUCCAGUUGUGUCUUGACGGGCUCAGAAUGUAGUGGAUGGUGUAGCUGGAGCCCGGAAACCGUGCUCUAGGUGAAUGCCUCGGAACGAGAGCGACCACUUCGAGUGAAGACUUAGAUUCAUCCCGGAAAACGGAUUUUUGUGUUUGAAAUUUUUUACAAUGCUGUUCAAAUCCGGAAGACUUUUCAAGUACCAAUCUAUCAAGCUCUCUUUCCAUUUUUCAGUAACCACAUUUGUUUGCAAAAAGAUUCUUGGCACAGAUUAGGAAUCAGCUUGAAAAACUGCAGUGAAAAACUGCAGUGAUAAAAUAAGAUAAAACAAAAAUGUUUGACCCUUAUCAUUUCUCCCAUUUUCAGGUUGAUUAUGAAGUCAAAGUUCUGGACGGCGAAGAUUUGGCCUCGAAACCAUUGACCCGACCUCUCUCAGUUGGCGACAAAGUUGUGAGUUUCAGAAAAAAAAAUCUUCGAAUCAUGGAAAAGUUUCAUUGAGAGAUAAUCUAAUGAAAAAAGCCGAAAAAGAGGGAAAAACUUAAUUUUCGAGUUUUCCUUUCAUUUUUGCAUAAGAUUACAUAUCUUCUAAUUAAAAAUUCCCACUUUGAGAAUUUAAUAAUGGGUCUAUCCAAGAAGUCAAAAUCUGAAUUAAUUUCUUGAAAAAUGCAAAUUUUUUUAUUCAAUAUUCAAAUAAUUUCAAAACCAAACUGUAGUUUCUAGCAAGCUCAAAAUAGGGGAAUGAAGCUUUUUCCUAUCAAAUUAAUCCAUUCGAAUAUAUCGCCUCAAAAAAAUUAAAUAAAAAAAGGUAGAAAUGGACUUAAGAUAGCGCUUUUUGCUCUAUCUGAUCCUACAGAUCACUUUUUUCUUUCAUUAUCGAAUAAUACUCUCUUUUCCACUUUAUUUUUGUCUUUUUAUUUCAUAUCAUAAAUAUCGCAGCUAUUGCAUUGGAGAGCUUUUUGGGUAUUUUUAUGAAAAAAAUCGAUUUUUUUCCGCUUUUUUUGAGAAUUUUUUUGUUUCAUUUUUUUGUCAGAUUUGUCCACAACAAGUCGCUUUUUUUCUUCUUUCACUUCAAAAAUUUAGAUUUAAUCGUAGUGAUAAAUAACAAUUUUUUUCACAUUUUCAAAAAGUAUUUGAAACAGUAAGGUUGCACAGUGGCUCUUUUAACAGUUAUACAUUUUUCAGAGCUUUUUGAUGCUUCAUCUUUUUUUGAAAACUGAACGGUUUCUUAUCUUUUUCACCUUUCCCCACUCGAUCUUAAAAAUUUUUAAUCUAACAAAAACUAAAACUAUUAUAAAAUCCUUUCAGACCUACAUGGUGGAGCUUCGAGGCGAAAUGAAGAGCAGGAUCGGCCGAUGUUGGGCGAACGACGGAAAAAAAGUGAACUUCCGCUUUCGGAUAGCCAGGGAUGUUCCCUACAAAGAGCUGGCGAUGUGAGGAUUUUCAAUAAAAUAUUUAUUUUGGCGAAUAUUUUUUUCUGUAGGGCUUAGUCUCGGUCAACGUUAAAGAGCAGCAGAAUAUAUUAAAAAUAUUUAAGAAUAUUUUUUUAUUAUAAUUUGCUUUUUAGAAACAAUUUAAAAAGAAGAAGGAAAAAUGGGUUUUUCCACUCAUUUUUUUCUUAAUUUAAAUCAGAAAUAGAGCCAAGGCCGAUGAAAAAAAGUUUAAAAACGAGUUUUAGCUUUUAAAUUUGGGAUUUGAUACUUUAGAAUAAUUUUUUUAUUUUUUUGAAAAAAACUAAAUCUUCAUCUAUUUUUUCGAAAAGCUAUGAAUCCGGACAGUUUUCGAAACUUCUUGGGUUUGAGAAAGAGUCUCAAAAUGAAAUUUGCAGGUCUGGGGCGAUUUCGAAGUGA